AUGGCAAACUUGGAAAACGAAGAGACGGACAUCCUUGGUGAAGUACUUUACUGUGAGGUUCUGCUUGGGGAGGACGACUCCGAUCCCCGUAUACGCCAGAAGAGACUCGCGAUCCUUGCAAAGCAGCGGCAAGACGGCCUUUUCGAAAGCAGAGAAGAUGAUGACGAUGACGACGAUGAGGAUGAAGGUCUGGACCAUGCAACUUUCAAUGCGCUGACUGCUUUGAUUCCUCAUUCCUGGUUCCCAAGCGCUGCGAGCGUGAAGAAGUUGUCCAUGAUGACCGAGUCGUCCUACGAUGAGCUGCUCGGGCAAGCAGGCAUUCUGCGCCAGCAGAGAGAUGCCUAA